AUGGUCGCCGCUAAGCAACUCAGCCUCGCUGCCCUUCUCUGGCUGGGCCUUGCCAACCAAGGUCUUGCGCUCGGCAUCAAUGAAGCCACCAACGAUCUCACUCUCAUGGAGAGAAGCCCUGCCCACAAGGGCCCCAUGGCAAAGGUUAUAACUCCUGGCCACUCAGCCGGCGGGCCGAUUCAUCACCUAAGGGACGAGGAAGAGGAGCUUGAUACCCGCGAUGAGGAGGAGAUCGAGGAGCGCGAUUUCGAUGAGCUUGAUGAGCGAGAUUUCGAAGAGUUGGACGAGCGUGAUCUCGACAUUGAGUCUCGUGGGGAACGUCCCGGGCACGCCCCAAGCCACGGCCCUAAGAAGCAUCGACGAGAUCUCGAAGAGUCUGAUCUUGAGACUCGCUCACCUAUUAGGGCUAUUCCCGGAGGCACCCGUGGCAGCUGGGGUGGACAGAAUGGUCUUAGGAGGCCACGAGAUAUUGAAGCCCGCCGACCCCCUGUGCCAGGUGGUGGCCGCCCUGCCCCGGGCCCUAUCCGCCCCCCUAAGAGGAUUGUACGAGACCUUGAAGAUUUUGAUCUUGAGACUCGCUCACCUAUUAGGGCUAUUCCCGGAGGUACCCGUGGCAGCUGGGGUGGACAAAAUGGUCCUAAGAGGCCACGAGAUAUUGAAGCCCGCGGUUCCAGUGAUCGCAAACCUCGUCCCAAGCCCGCCCCUGUGCCAAUUGGUGGCCACCAUUCUGGGGUACUUGGUAAGAAGGGACGAGAUCUUGAGGACGUUGAGCUUGAAGCCCGUGGCUCUAGUGAUCGUAAACCUCGUCCUAAGCCCGCCCCUGUGCCAAUUGGUGGCCACCAUUCUGGGGUACUUGGCAAGAAGGGACGAGACCUUGAGGAUGUUGAGCUUGAAGCCCGUGGCUCUAGUGAUCGUAAACCUCGUCCUAAGCCCGCCCCUGGACGAGGCCUUGAAGAGUCUGAUCUUGAGACUCGCUCACCUAUUAGGGCUAUUCCCGGAGGUACCCGUGGCAGUUGGGGUGGACAGAAUGGCCCUAGGAGGCCACGGGAUAUUGAAACCCGCAGCAAGAAAAUGCCAGGUACUGGUGGUCGUCCUGGUGUUCGCCCUCGUCCUUCUGGACGUAGUCUCGACGUUCGCAUGGGCGGCUUUGGCAAGACCCGUGGUCCAAGACUUAAUCGUCCCCGUCCGGGUCCCCAGUAG